GUGAGCUUUCACAGUCGUAAUUAUCCUCGGAUAAAUCUAUCACACUUCAACUUCAGCACAGCAUGAGUUGUAAUUUUCAUCAGAGCAGACAGUUUCAUUAGAGCUCUCUGUGUAAACUGGAUGUAGACAUGAGUGCUUCUCAGCUUCCCAACCUUCAAGACAGCCUGAAGGAAAGGUUGUGCUCUUAUGGGGGCAGGCAAGCAGCUAUCACUGCCAAAGCGUUCACGAUUAACAAACCUGUGGUACAAAGGAAAACCAAGGAUGUGCAUAGAAGCUUGCAGCCACUGCCAUCGUUGGCGAUGCGACAGGGAAAAACACGGCAACAUGAUCUCGAUGAUGAAUCGUGUGAUAUCAAACGAAUCUGUGAGCCCGCUUCGUUCAAAACCGCCGAGUCUCGUGGUGCAGCCACGCUACCAGAGCUGCCUGCCUCCCUGAAAGUAAAGCAAGCUCAACUAGCGAGUUCACGCAGCCAUGUGUCGUCUCCACUUUCCUCUACAUUAGUAAGGACACUGAAGCCCAUUCCACUUAAAGCAAGUAGCGUGUACGGGAUGACAAACCCACUAGAGGUUGUGAAGCUGCUAAAGUCACAUCCAGAACUUGGAUUUCUAUACCUAUCACCAGCUGUGCCAAAGUCCUCUGUUCUAUAUCAUUCAUAUAACAUCAAGGUGGUGCGGUACGCAGAGGUGAACAAAUGCAACUACCGCACGAUUAGCCCGCACGGAGUGACGCACAUCACGGAUCAUGAAUCGGAGUUUACCUCUCUUGAGAGGUGGACACAUGAGUUCCACUACUUCCAGAAACUUGUAAAGAUACCGACGUUCCGUCUGUUUCGGAAGUGGAAAGCGUUCACGACGUGGAGACGAAAUGUCAGACGCAACAAGUUCAACACGUGCAGAAAUCAGCUGCGAGAAAACCUCUUCAUCGUAAAUCCUUGUCUGCGGCCAGCGUUGCUGAAUGUUCGAGAGAUGGCCUUCACGAUCAGUGACAUGGGCAUGUGCAAGAUGCGCCAGCUCUACACCUACACUCUACAGGAGUUCCUAGAGGAGCAGCUCACACACCUAAAAGAUGUGUCAGCGAGACUUGCUGAGUUUAGAGAGCUGGUGAUGGAGGUGGUGCGCAGUGCUUGUAGGGCCGCUCUUCUCGACACUGGCUUCACUCCUGACGACUUCAUCUUAGAGCUGCAAAAUUCAGGAGCAGCUCCGAUGGACCUCGAGAAUUCUCUGGAGAUGUACAUCGAAGCUGCAGAGAAGAUGACGUACACGGAGCAAGCCAAUAAGCGAAGCCAGUGCCAUCGCCUGACCAGCUUCAUCAGACUUGCUGAUUAUCUCAUCGCCUGA